UAUGUUCAAAACGUUAGACAAGACAAGUAAAUUAAAAGUGAAAGGCCCGAAAUUUCAUAGUAAAAGAAGUCAAAAAAAGUCAAGCAAGUUUCAUCACAUAAAAACGGAUAAGAGAGACAUAAUGUGCAGAGCUGAGGGAUUUAAUAGCAAUCGUAAUCUUUUGAAUCAAGUAAAACCACAAGCAAUCCGUUCUAAACAAGUUAGGAAUGAUGUAAACGAUGAGAAGAUUCAAAGUACUAACAAGAUUAUUAAAGCCCAAAAUAUCAAUAAAAAGAAAAAUGAUUUGGAUGAAAUGCAGAAAAGAAAACUUUUUGACAAAAUUAUAUUGUAUGAAAACCGUUUGAAAGCAAUCGUCAUUAUGAAAAAAUUAAAAGAAAACGAAAUGAAGGAACGCGGAUUAUACCGAAAUUUAGAAAUACUUAAGAAGAAAGCUUAUGUUUUAGAGAUAACGAAAUCGUGCCGAGAAAAAUUCAAAAAGAGAAUAUUCGACAAAAUCCUAGCUCCGAACAAAAGAUAAAAAAAAUUAAAAUGUUGUAAUUCAAUAAAUUAACGUUUGAGAACAGUUUUCAC